UUAUGUAAAACAAUUUAGGAUCCCGCCGGUUCCUGUUCAGUUUUGCUAACGUUUAAUCAGUUUAAUGGUCCACGCAGUACGAGAGUACGACUGUUCAUGUGCACGUGUUCGCGCCUUGACAAUAAACAAGCUGGCUACAGUUUGGCGCGAUAAUCUUAACGCGAUAAUACAAUCGUCUUCGUUCGCGACGAUCGGAACCACGAGAUGUAUUCGACAAUCACUGCAGCUAGGCGGGAGCUUAAACUGUUUUACAUAAGAGUGGAGACUCUAUCGAAAAUGCUGGCGCAGCGACGCUACAGCGGAGGGAUUGUGUACAGACUCUUCAGCUGACGGCCUGUGUGCACUUGUGUUAACUUGUGUGUAGUCGUGUAGUCAAGAUGGCCUCCGCGGAGCAAGUCGGUCUGAAUAAAACCUGGGAAUUGUCGCUUUAUGAGCUCCAUCGUACGCCCCAAGAUGCGAUCACCGACAACACGGAAAUCGCCGUUAGUCCGCGUAGUUUACACAGUGAACUCAUGUGUCCGAUCUGCCUGGACAUGCUCAAAAAGACGAUGACUACGAAAGAGUGCUUGCAUCGCUUCUGCUCCGACUGUAUCAUUACGGCACUCAGGAGUGGUAAUAAGGAAUGUCCAACGUGCAGGAAAAAGUUAGUCUCGAAGAGGUCACUCAGGCCAGAUCCAAAUUUCGAUUUGUUAAUAUCGAAGAUCUAUCCAAGCCGUGACGAGUACGAGGCGCAUCAGGAAAGGGUGCUGGCGAAACUGAACAAGUCACAUUCGCAGGCCGCACUGGUGAAUUCCAUAACCGAAGGCAUUAAAUUGCAAAGCCAAAAUCGGCCACAGAGGUCACGGAAAUGUGCCAAUGAAUCAGAGAAUGCUAGCAAUGCGACGUCUUACAGUAACUCGCAAAAUGCCAGCGCACCAGCCACACCGAACGCAGCGACAAAUGCUGCGAAUCAAAGUGAUUCUUCCCAGAGCACAACGGGGCCUUUAAAUAAUAGCAGUGGGGGCACGACAUCUAGGAACUCUACGACACCAUCACCGAACCCAGCUAAUCAAAUUCCUAAGCCACCAAAGCGGCAAAAGAGUUUACAGAAUUCUGAGAAUGAUUCGUCUAGCGCGGAAGCUGAGACUGGUGGUGGAGAUUCGAUGGUAGACACAGAAGGCGAAGGACCCAGCGAGCCUUUAUUAUUAAACGAGAUCGAGCUCGUUUUUAAGCCACACCCAACGGAGAUGGCUGGUGACAAUUCGUUGAUAAAAGCUCUUAAAGAGAACAGCAUCCGGUAUAUAAAAACGACGGCCAACGCGACAGUGGAUCAUCUGAGCAAAUACUUGGCCAUGCGACUGACGUUAGACUUGGACACAGAAUUGUCCGAGUCGGACAGGCUACUCAACUUUUGCAUUUACAUAGCACCAUCGCCCGGCCAACUGGUGGUUCUUAGCGGCUCGCAGACGUUGAGACAAGUGAAUGAUAAAUUCUGGCGUGUCAAUCGACCUUUGGAGAUGUAUUACUCGUGGAAAAAGACCUAGGGAAGGCCUCGAAAGUAUCAGUCUGAUGGGAGUUAAGUCGCAUUAACGUUUGACAAAAAAAUUAAAUAAAAAUGAAAAAAAAUACAUUCGUACCGCGUGGAGUACAGAUAGACGCGUAUUGUUAUACCAGAAGCGAACGAUAUAUUUUAUUGAACUUCAUUAGUCUUAGGCCUUAGAUUAUGAUCAAGGAUAAGGUGGUAUGAGGACAGCGAGAUCCUCGUAAUUAAGGAAUGGUGCCCUUUUCAUCCUUCUCUCGGGACUUGGUGUGUUCAAAAAGGAGUAAUAGAAAUGUCGAUAGAUUUUUAAUUGAACUUUCGUACAGCGGUUUAUUCUAAAUGCAAACGGAGCUCGGGCUUGGAUACAAACUGCCAUUAAUCAGAUUGCAUUGCAUUAUGAAUGGAUCGGGCCGAAUUUUUUGUUGUUGCCGAACCGGCGCGUUAAUACAAACUAUGCCUUCUUUCGCCACAGGCAUAAGUUAUUACUCGGUGCCCCCAUUUGCAUUAUAGAAUCUCAGCAACCUGGUGGCCUUCAUGGUUAAACAACUCGUUUAAUUUAAGUCGCAGAUUGCUGAUUCUCGCUGUGGACCAUUCUGUAUAGUUUCAUCGAAUAAACCAGUGAUAUAACAUUUAA